GGCUAACAUUUUUUGGAAUCUGCUACUAUUUUGUGUAUUAUUCAUAUUUUCAUACAAUUGAAGAUUUUCUGAAGAUGCCAUCCGAACGUGCUCUAAAGACAUUCGAAAAUAUGAGUACCGAUACUUUGAUAAAGGCUAAGGACUCCAGCCAAAUAUUUAUGGAUCUGAAGAACCUGUUGUUAUGGCGCAAUAGCCGAAAGACUUUGAUCGUCUUCACGGGCAUCCUGCUCCUCCUGCUGGAUGUGAUGGUCCACUCGGUGAUCAGUGUGAUAAGCAUGGUAGGGAUCACAGUUCUCAUAGCAGCUAUUGGCCAUCGCCUUUUGGUACAGUUCUGGAGUAUCUGGAAGAAGGAUGAGAACAAAGAUCAGAUCUUACGUUUCUAUCCUCACCCGAAGAUAGAAAUCCCCCGGGAGGAGACUCUUUAUCUGGCCGGGAAAGCAGUUUCCCAUAUUAAUUUAAUUUUAAACCGUAUGAUAGAAUUGUUGCUGGUGGAAAAGUGGGAGGAUUCCUUGAAGUUCCUAGUUUUGCUCUGCGGCAUCAAUUUGCUGGGCGAUUGCUUCAACGGAUUGACUUUGCUUAUAUUUGGACACUUGUUUAUUUUUACCGUACCAAAACUGUACGAGUCGUAUAAGCCAUUCGUUGAUGUCCAGAUCCGAAAGUUCCGUAAAUGCAAGAUAGAUAAAUCGAACGUUGAAAAACCGAUUUGUAUUCAGAAAGAGUGUCCGCCGGAGUCAGCAUACGAGGGUCAGGAAUCCAAAGAGGGCAAAGUACUAUAUGAGCCAUGCGAUAAUGAGCCACUUCGAAAUCUCCUAGAGCUCCACAAAGGAUGUCGUUGUCCUGAUUGCGAGCACCGGUAUUUGCCAGUUGAGGCUCGCUAAACUAUAUUCAUAUGAAUAAGAAUCCACCCUCUUUGAUGUUAUUGUUCAAAAUUAAUGUUGUGGAAAUAUAUAUUCUACAUAUUUUCCACUC